AUGUCCACUUGGGGGGGUACUGCUACCAGAAAGCUGAGCCACCGGAGGCCAGCGCUGGUCCGGGACAGCCCGACCCCCAGAGAGUGGGACAAGUCCCGGCCCCUCUACCCGGGCGCCGACAGCCCGGGCCAGCCCAGGAGAGGAGUCCGGGAGGGUGUCUCUAUUGUCCGGGGGGCUGGGGCCUGGCUCCCUAACAAAGGCCCCGCGCCCCCUCCCCGACCGGCCCUGCCCCGCCCAAGGGGGGACCUAGACGGGGAAAGCAGGGGGCCCCGGCCCGGCCGGGAAGCCGGGCGUUUCCGCGUCGGCCCCUCCCCCGUUCCCGUCCCGUACUCACCCCGCCCGGGGGGCCGCGCCGGGGCCCGGCGGCCUCUUAGGGCCGCGUCCUCCGGCGGCGGCGGCGGCGGCGGCUGCUCCGGAGCCCCAUGUCCGUCGGUCCGUCCUCGCCACUCCCCGGGGCCCAGGGCCCGGGGCCGGGGGGUCGGGCCGCCCCCCCGCCUCGCCGCCUCACCGGGCGGCCAUGGCCCCUUCCCCUCCCUUCUCGUCCCGUCGCCGCCUCCUCCUCCUCACCUCACCCCGCCCGCGCGCAGUCCGCGCGCCGUCCGCGCGCCCCUCCCCCCGCCCCCCACUCCAGACCGCCUCUCCCGGGCGGGGGGUGCGGCGCGAGCCCGUAGCGCGCGCGCGUGCGGCGACCGGAGGAUGGAUGGAUGGAGCAAGCGAGAGCGCGAGCGUGCGCGCGCGCGCCCCUCUCCCCCUCCCUCCGCGCGGGCGCGAGGCCAAGCCGACUGCUCGCGCCUGCUAGAAGGGCCCGAGCGCGUGCAUCUGCCCCGCGGCCGCAGCUCGGCAGCAUUUGCUCCAGGGGGCGGGGGCCGGGCCGGGAGGAGGGGCGCCACGCCGCCGUCCAAAGUACCGGCGGACGGGAUGGCGGUGGGUGGAGCGGCGUUCAAGGUGAGCUGCGCGGUGCGCUGGAGGCGGAGACGUUGUGCCGUCCCGGCCGGCUCGGGGGCGGGGGCAGCGGGUGGCGUCGAAAGAGAGCGCCGGCUCCCAGCCGAGCCUGGGACGCCUUCCGGCCCACGCUACCCCGCCUUUUACCUAGGGCUCCCGGUUCUUUUCCCUCACCCGGCUUUUACCCUGAGGCAUGCAGCCAGUUCUGUAAACGUGCUGGAGUUAAAGUGGGGUGCAGUUAGGGCCUCAGAGCAGAAAAUCCAUGGGGCCGAAGGGGUUAUUCGAGACUCCGCUCUCCCUGUUUCUGGGCGGGUCUCAGCCAUCCCAGGCCUGAGAAUUUACAAGCGCCGGAGAUCGGGGUCCUUCGCGGUAGGCGAGGGCCAAACUCAGCCCUUCAGAGCGGAGCACCCUCCCCACCCUCAUCCUAAUUUAGAUCCCACACCUGCUCGCUUUUGCUGCUUCCGGAACCCACGCUGCACCCCCACUUCUCAGCCUGCCUGGCAUUGGCUAGACCCAUCCUCCCACCCAGCGCUACGCCCCUGGGUGUGCCUGUGUCCUCUGCCUUCGCGCCUCGGUCCCCCUUUACCUCCUGGAGGAAAGGGUGCUUCCCAGCAUUCAUAA